AGUCGAUUGAUCGACAGGGGCGCAGUGUGCCUUUUAAUACCGAAACUCUUCCCACGCUUCAGUUCCCGCACUGACGUCACGCGCGGGUUACCUGACCUUCCCGCACGGGGGCUUUCCUAGCCCAAUGAUGGAGAAGAAGGAGGGCCCGGCGCCACCUUGGGUCGGGGCCUCCUACGAUGCUCGCGAUCUCGGGAGCCGGUUCGAUACCGGUAAGACGCUGCCUGACCCGCUGAGUUCCUCCAGCAUUUUAUUUGUUGCUCCAGGUUCUAGCAUUUGCAGUCUCUUGUGUCUCCAGUGAAGAGCAACAUGUUCCUCUGAAAGAAGUGGCUCUCACAGAUGAGAUAUUGGAAGGAAUUGGAACUGAACAGAUACAAGAAGACCAUACCUGAUGUGGUGUCCUGUGGCUCUGCUGCUGUUCCCCGCAGGUACUGGCACACCGUGAAGAAGAGGAAAGCUGAGAUCUUGAUACGGAGCUGCUUCAUACCAUGCUCAACACAUUACCCCUCCACCGAAGGGCAGAAGUUCGUCUUUGACCUGUUUGGCUACACCAAUGACAAGAAUAAAACGAUUCCCAAAGUCCCAGUGCAGACGCACAUCCAUUCCAUUACAAACCCCUUGAUUCUCGCCUGCCCAGGAGCCAGAGCAGAGCAAGCAGUGGCCUGGGACAAGGGGCAACGACACCUCUACAGGCAGGAGUACAUGAUGGGUGUGAACCACAGCAUGAGGAUGUACAUUGAUCAUGGCAAUCACCUUGUUUUCCGUGCCUUCCAGCUGAAUGACAUAGGGACCUAUUUCUGUUGGAGGCAAGGUCAGAUGGUGGCUGGGAUUAGGCUGAUGGUUGGCCUCCCAAAGAGGAUCCAUAGAAAUUUCACCGAUGCCGAGUCCAUCUUUGCGAUGCAAACAAUCCUUAGCUCUUUCUUCAUAUUGACGAUAAUAUUUAUCUUCAUCAAGUGCAUAAAAUGUUUCAAUUAUUAUCUUGAUUGUUGUUGA